CGGCGGGGAGGAAGCGGGGGCAGGCAGGCAACGCCCCGGUAGAGGUGGCGCAGCCCCUCCCCAGCUCUCCAAAGACUUCCUGUCCCGCCCCAGAGGUCCCGGUCCCCAAGCGCCUCCGCGUCCCCUCCGGCCACUCUCUAUGGCGCGACGCUCCCGGGCUCCCUCUUGGAAAGGCCCACGCUCCGGAGCCUCCUUCCAGCCCUCUCUCCCCGCGCGCCCUCCAUCCCCAAAGGACUCUUUAAAUGUGUUGCUCAUCAUGUGUUUGCUUCUGAAUACUUGUGAAUUAAAAUCAGCAAAUACGUCUAAACCAAAUAUCCUGCUGAUAAUGGCAGACGAUCUGGGCAUUGGGGAUCUCGGUUGCUAUGGAAACGACACACUAAGGACACCGAACAUCGACCGGCUCGCGGAGGAAGGCGUGAGGCUCACCCAGCACCUGGCGGCCGCCCCCCUCUGCACCCCGAGCAGGGCCGCCUUCCUCACGGGGAGACACGCCUUCAGAUCAGGCAUGGACGCCACGGACGGCUACCGGGCCCUAAUGUGGAACGCGGGCUCGGGGGGACUCCCGCAGAAUGAAACCACGUUUGCAAAGAUCCUUCAGCGGCAGGGGUACACCACGGGCCUCAUCGGAAAAUGGCAUCAGGGUGUAAACUGUGCCUCGCGCACCGACCACUGCCAUCACCCUCUGCACCACGGCUUUGACUAUUUCUACGGCAUGCCCUUCACGCUGGUCAACGACUGCCACCCAGACAGGCCCCCGGAAGUGGACGCGGGCUUGAGGGCCAGGCUGUGGCUUUACACCCAGAUCAUGGCCCUGGGCGUGUUGACCAUCGUGGCCGGCAAAGCCUGCAGGCUGAUCUCCGUUUCCUGGAAACUAGUCUUGAGUGUGGCCACCCUGGUCCUGCUGUUUUUCACGUCCUGGUACGCCAGCUUUGGCUUCGUCCGCCGCUGGAACUGCAUCCUGAUGAGAAACCACGAAGUCACUGAGCAGCCCAUGGUUUUGGAAAGAGCCGCGAGCCUUGUGCUCGAGGAAGCCGUUUCCUUUAUUGCAAGAAAUAAGCGUGGUCCAUUCCUACUCUUCGUUUCACUGCUGCAUGUCCAUAUGCCCCUGGUGACCACAGAAAGGUUCCUUGGGAAAAGUCAGCACGGCUUGUAUGGCGACAAUGUGGAGGAGAUGGACUGGCUCGUGGGGGAGAUUCUGAAUGCCGUUGAAGAACAUGGUCUGAAAAACACGACUCUUACGUACUUCACCUCUGAUCACGGAGGACACUUGGAGGCGAGAGACGGACACGUCCAGCUGGGCGGGUGGAAUGGAAUAUACAGAGGUGGCAAAGGCAUGGCCGGCUGGGAAGGCGGGAUCCGGGUCCCGGGGAUAUUCCGGUGGCCCGGCGUCCUGCUGGCCGGCCGCGUGGUCCAUGAGCCCACCAGCCUGAUGGACGUCUUCCCCACCGUGGUCCAGCUGGCGGGCGGCCAGGUGCCCCAGGACAGGGUGAUUGAUGGCCGGAGCCUGCUGCCCCUGCUGCGGGGAGAUGCUGAGCACUCGGCACACGAGUUCCUGUUUCAUUACUGCGGGCAGUAUCUCCACGCCGCCCGCUGGCACGAGAAGGACAGGGAUCUUCCUGACCCAGGGAUCGAACUGGAGUCUCCUGCAUUGCAGGCAGAGUCUUUACAACUGAACCCACAGGGAAGCCCUGAGUAUUUGUCUGCAGGAGAUGAAAUCAGGAUAUUGAAGACUUAUUUGCACCUCUGUGUUCACGGCAGUGCUAUUCACAAUAGCCAAGACAAGCAGAUGGGUGCCUGGCGGGAAAGCGGGGAAAGACACCCCCCCAGGAGAAGGGGCUUCCCCUGCAGACCCCAAGUGCAAAGAAAACAGCCUUGAGCCCCAGGAGUGUGGAAAGCUGGGAGGCGUCACCCGGGACUUGGGGCACGGAGCUGAUGCAUGGCUGAACUGAACAAACUCGAUCUUUGUCUCCCGGGCGCCUGUAAGUCUGGUCUUUUAACUCUGGGCAGGGGGAUUUACUAGGAUCAGGUUAAAGUUCACGAGUGUCCCGGAGGACCCCAGAGUCUGCUUCUUAAGAGUUUCCAUGGUUAACAACUGGCCCAACCGGUUAGGCAGGCCCGGCACCAACGAGGGACUUAGGGAGGCGUGGCCGGCCCCUCCCCUCCGGCGUCUGAGUGUGUGUGUGUACACCUCCGGUGGUAACAGGCAUAUGUGUGUAUUCAGUUCAGUUCAGUCGCUCAGUCGUGUCCCACUCUCUGUGACCCCAUGGACUGCAGCCCGCCAGGCCUCCCUGCCCAUCAUCAACUCCCGGAGCUUGCUCAAACUGCUGUUCAUUGAGGCGGUGAUGCCAUCCAACCAUCUCAUCCCCUGUCGUCCCCUUCUCCUCCUGCCCUCAGUCUUUCCCAGCAUCAGGGUCUUUUCAAAUCAGUCAGCUCUAUAUAUAAGCACACAGCACAGGAAUUCCGAGAGGUCUCUAUCAACAUGCACCUUUCGUCUCAGCCCUGUGUGUGGAAAAGGCCGUCCUUUCUCUGUGGCCGUGCCUCUCUGCACUUGGGCGGACCCUUGCCUUCGUGUGUGGGGAACAGUGAUGUCGGAGGUGGAUGGUCUCCGGGUUAGACAUGUACGACUGGCCUCCUGGGGUGCAUUUCGUGGGGCCCAGAAGACGUGGGCUUCAGGCCGGAAGCUUAAAACCAGCGUGCUGUGUGCAUUUCCCGAGACAAGGAGAUAGGCUGGGCUCCAGUGGAGGGAUGUAUCGUCGGCGUCAGAAACAGGGUAACUCGCCAGCGUUUGUCUCUGGUCAACGUCUCGAGGGAAGAGUCAAGGCAAGGGCACAGAGCCACAAAACCCCGUGUGACUGAAGGCUUGAGGGAUCUCCGUUCGCCCCUCUUUGGGGAAAAGCGAAACGCUACGCGUGGUCUCCUUGAGGAGGGUCCACAGUCAGCGGGUCACGCCAGACCGUAAUGAGUCUUGCUGCUCCCAGAAGCCUUCACUUCGAGAUCCAUCUUGCCCGAGGGGUGCGUGUGCACACCCCAGGGGCGGGUCCCGGGGUAGGUCAGGUGUGGGAAAAGAAACCAGGUAAUGGACCUGAAGGAAGACAAAGACCCGGAAGAGCUGCCUUCUAUAAAUAUCUUAACCGCCUUGGGCCUGGGCUCCUCUCUGGGAGGGGGUAACGCCCACACCCUCUGUCUCCCCUUAAGCCUGUCUGUCUUGCUUCUGUUGUAACUAAAGGAACCAUUUCUCUCUGUGCUUUCUCACUGGUUAAUGCUGUGUUUCAAAUAAAAAAAAAUUUUAUACCUGCA